AUGCAUCUCUGCCUCAAUUGUUUCCGCAAGGUUCAUGGGUUGCAGCAGUGCAAGUCUGGAAAUUCUACAGCCAUCGUUUUGGUUAGGAAUCGAGCUGGAACGCUGGUGCCCUGUCGAACGAUUCUUGAUUCUGCAUCUCAGCUCAAUUUCAUAACGUCCCGUCCAGCUGGCCAUCUACAACUAAAUCAUCGUCAUUCGCCCAUUUCGAUAUCUGAAAUUGGAAAAUCGUCGCUCAGCUUUAAUAAGGCAGUGGAAGUUGUUAUGCAGUCUCAGGAUGGUGGAUACAAGUCUUCUUUCACGGCGGUUGUUACUAAGGUCAUCACUGACUAUCAGCCGCAUUGCGACAUUAAUGCUGCUGGCUGGGAUCUGCCUAAGAAUAUAAGCUUGGCUGACCCUUUAUUCUAUAGAUCUCAGCAAAUCGAUAUGCUCAUGGGGGCGGGUCUAUUUUUCGAUUUGAUCUGCAUUGGACAGAUACAGUUGGCUGAAAGGUUGCCGUCGCUCCAGAACACCAAACUUGGUUGGAUCGUCUCUGGAGGUCUGGCCAACUACAUCACCAAUCGCUGCGCUCUGGCUGCGGCAGCUCGACCGCACAUACUAAAGGAAGAAGAGGAUUCUCUGUCUGAAGUUGUGAAGCGUUUUUGGGAGCUUGAAAACUGUUACUCAUCUGAGGCAGUUCCAUCAAGUGAGGAUACACUCUGCGAGCGAUUGUUCAAGGAAAACUGUGCUCGGCUGGAAAAUGGUCUUGAGACAAAGUUGCUAAGAAAUCCGUCACUAAAGGCUCAGUAUAGCGCGUUCCUUCAGGAAUAUCUAGACUUAGGGCACAUGUCUUUGGCCUCCAACACACAGAAAUUGGCACAGUUUUUCUUGCCGCAUCAUUGCGUUCAAAAACUCGACAGCAGCUGCACGAAGCUUCGUGUUGUCUUCGAUGGAUCCGCAAAGACCACAUCAGGGCGUUCGAUCAAUGACUUGUUGAUGGCGGAUCCAACCAUUCAGCCAAAAAUAUUCAACACACUGGUUCGGUUCAGGUUCUUGAAGAUUGCACUUUGUGGAGAAAUCUGCAAGAUGUAUCGCUGUGUACGGAUAUCGAACCCGGAUGAAUAUUUGCAAUGCAUCCUUUGGCGAGAAGCGCCUACUGAUGAAAUCAAGGUGUACAAGCUGGAGACCGUGACGUAUGGAACAAAGCCCGCCGCUUUUUUGGCAAUUCGUGCCAUGCACCAGCUAUCGUACGACGAGGAGAUAUCAUUUCCUAUAGGAGCUCAAGUUGUAAGAAGGGAUUUCUACGUGGACGAUCUCAUGUCUGGUGGUGACACAAUUUAA